AUGGCAGCUAUGGUCCCGCCUGUGAAGCUGAAAUGGCUUGAACAUCUAAACAGCUCCUGGAUCACAGAAGACAGUGAAUCUAUUGCAACAAGGGAGGGAGUUUCUAUCUUGUACGCUAAGUUAGUCAGCAAUAAAGAAGUAGUGCCAUUGCCCCAGCAGGUUCUGUGCCUCAAAGGACCUCAGUUACCAGAUUUUGAGCGAGAAUCACUAUCUAGUGAUGAACAGGACCACUACUUGGAUGCUCUUCUUAGCAGCCAGCUGGCACUGGCGAAGAUGGUAUGCUCAGACUCUCCGUUUGCUGGAGCACUUCGAAAACGUCUUCUUGUGUUGCAGCGUGUCUUCUAUGCACUUUCUAAUAAAUAUCAUGAUAAGGGUAAGGUGAAACAACAGCAGCAUUCACCAGAGAGCAGUUCUGGAUCCACAGAUGUGCAUUCUGUCAGUGAACGUCCAAGGUCAAGUACAGAUGCACUCAUAGAAAUGGGGGUUCGGACUGGAUUAAGCUUGUUAUUUGCACUGCUAAGACAAAGUUGGAUGAUGCCAGCAUCAGGACCUGGCCUCAGUCUUUGCAAUGAUGUUAUCCAUACUGCUAUAGAAGUUGUAAGCUCUUUGCCACCUUUAUCUUUAGCAAAUGAAAGCAAGAUUCCACCAAUGGGGUUGGACUGUUUAUCACAAGUAACGACAUUUCUUAAAGGAGUAACAAUUCCAAACUCUGGGGCAGACACUUUAGGUCGCAGAUUAGCUUCUGAAUUGCUUCUUGGUUUGGCUGCCCAGCGAGGUGCCUUGCGAUACCUUCUUGAAUGGAUAGAAAUGGCUUUAGGUGCUUCAGCUGUAGUAAACACCAUGGAGAAAACAAAGUUGCUGCAAAGUCCAGAAGGGAUGAUCAGUUUUGACUGCUUUAUGAGCAUAUUAACACAGAUGCGACGGUCUUUGGGAUCAUCUGCUGAUCGAAGUCAAUGGAGAGAGCCAACUAGGACAUCUGAUGGCUUAUGUUCCCUUUACGAGGCUGCACUGUGUUUGUUUGAAGAGGUUUGUCGAAUGGCAUCAGACUAUUCAAGAACAUGUGCCAGCCCUGACAGCAUUCAAACAGGGGAUGCUCCCAUUGUAUCUGAGACCUGUGAAGUAUAUGUUUGGGGUAGCAACAGCAGUCAUCAACUGGUAGAAGGAACUCAAGAGAAAAUACUUCAGCCCAAGCUUGCUCCAAGUUUUUCUGAUGCACAGACAAUUGAAGCUGGACAGUAUUGUACCUUUGUUAUUUCUACGGAUGGUUCUGUUAGAGCCUGUGGUAAAGGCAGCUAUGGGAGACUGGGACUGGGUGACUCCAAUAAUCAGUCGACAUUGAAAAAAUUGACUUUUGAGCCUCAUAGGUCUAUUAAAAAAGUGUCAUCUUCCAAAGGAUCAGAUGGUCACACUUUAGCAUUUACCACAGAAGGGGAAGUCUUCAGCUGGGGUGAUGGUGACUAUGGAAAACUGGGACAUGGAAAUAGUUCAACUCAGAAAUAUCCCAAACUUAUUCAGGGACCUCUGCAAGGAAAGGUGGUUGUGUGUGUGUCAGCUGGGUACAGACAUAGCGCUGCUGUUACAGAAGAUGGAGAGCUGUAUACGUGGGGAGAAGGAGACUUUGGAAGAUUAGGUCAUGGUGACAGCAACAGCCGCAACAUUCCGACUUUAGUAAAAGAUAUUAGCAAUGUAGGAGAGGUUUCCUGUGGCAGUUCACACACAAUAGCUCUCUCCAAAGACGGGAGAACAGUAUGGUCAUUUGGAGGAGGAGACAAUGGCAAACUUGGUCAUGGUGACACGAAUAGAGUAUAUAAACCUAAAGUGAUAGAAGCCUUGCAAGGAAUGUUUAUUCGAAAAGUUUGUGCGGGGAGUCAGUCUUCACUUGCCUUGACGUCAACAGGGCAGGUUUAUGCCUGGGGCUGUGGUGCGUGCCUUGGCUGCGGCUCCUCAGAGGCAACUGCUCUCCGACCCAAGCUUAUUGAAGAACUGGCUGCUACAAGAAUAGUUGAUAUUUCAAUUGGUGACAGUCACUGUUUGGCACUUUCUCAUGAUAAUGAAGUUUAUGCUUGGGGUAACAAUUCAAUGGGACAGUGUGGUCAGGGGAACUCUACUGGUCCCAUUACUAAACCGAAGAAAGUAAGUGGGUUAGAUGGAGUUGCAAUUCAACAGAUUUCAGCAGGAACGUCCCAUAGCCUUGCCUGGACAGCUUUGCCAAGGGACAGGCAAGUUGUGGCAUGGCACAGACCUUACUGCGUAGACCUUGAAGAAAGUACCUUUUCCCAUCUUCGUUCUUUUCUUGAGCACUACUGUGACAAAAUUAACAGUGAAAUUCCCCCACUUCCUUUUCCUUCAUCAAGGGAACAUCAUAAUUUUCUUAAACUGUGUUUGAAGUUGCUUUCUAAUCAUCUUGCGCUUGCACUGGCUGGAGGGGUAGCUACGAGCAUUCUCGGGCGGCAAGCUGGUCCUCUUCGAAAUCUGUUAUUUAGACUGAUGGACUCCUCUGUCCCUGAUGAAAUUCAGGAAGUCGUAAUUGAGACUCUCUCAGUAGGAGCGACUAUGCUACUUCCUCCAUUGCGAGAAAGGAUGGAAUUGCUACAUUCUCUUCUACCCCAAGGUCCUGAUAGAUGGGAAAGCCUAUCAAAAGGACAGAGAAUGCAAUUGGAUAUUAUCCUGACAAGCUUGCAGGAUCACACCCAUGUAGCUUCUUUGCUUGGCUAUAGCUCACCAUCUGAUGCCACAGACACUUCCUCAUUAUGUAUAAGCUAUGGAAACCUCUCUGAUCAAACGUAUGCUGUCCAGAGCAGUCAUCCGGAUACCCAUCUAGCUGAAAUCUUAAUGAAGACUCUUCUAAGAAAUUUGGGAUUCUAUACAGACCAAGCAUUUGGAGAACUGGAAAAAAACAGUGAUAAAUUUUUACUUGGUACAUCAUCAUCGGAAAACAGCCAACCUGCUCAUCUUCAUGAGCUCUUAUGUUCACUGCAGAAACAGUUGCUGGCUUAUUGCCACAUCAACAGUGUUAGUGAGAAUUCCAGCAGUGUGGCACUGCUUCACAAGCACCUUCAGCUUUUAUUGCCUCAUGCUACAGAUAUCUAUUCCCGUUCUGCAACACUGCUUAAGGAAAGCUCUUGGAAUGGUAGUGUGGGAGAAAAACUGAGAGAUGUAAUUUAUGUAUCAGCUGCUGGUAGUAUGCUCUCUCAGAUUGUCAACUCAUUACUGUUACUACCAGUAUCAAUAGCUCGUCCUCUGCUGAGUUACCUGCUAGAUCUGUUGCCACCUUUAGAUCGUCUCAAUCGAUUGUUACCUGCUGCAGCCCUUCUGGAAGAUCAAGAAUUACAGUGGCCACUUCAUGGUGGACCUGAAUUAAUUGAUCCUGCUGGAGUGCCCUUACCACAGCCUGCCCAGUCUUGGGUCUGGCUCGUUGAUCUAGAGAGAACUGUAGCUUUGCUUAUUGGGCGGUGUCUUGGUGGCAUGCUUCAGGGACCUCCUGUGUCCCCUGAGGAACAAGAUACAGCCUAUUGGCUGAAAACACCCCUUUUCAGUGAUGGAGUGGAAAUGGAUAUUCCUCAUUUAGAUAAAUGCAUGAGCUCGUUAUUAGAAGUGGCCCUAUCUGGAAAUGAGGAACAGAAGCCAUUUGAUUAUAAGCUGAGACCUGAGAUUACAGUCUAUGUUGAUUUGGCCUUGGGUUGUACAAAAGAGCCAGCAAGGAGUCUCUGGAUCAGUAUGCAAGACUAUGCUGUUAGUAAAGAUUGGGAUACUGCAACUUUAAGUAAUGAAUCACUCCUAGAUACGGUGUCUAGAUUUGUUCUUGCAGCUCUCCUGAAACAUACAAGUCUACUUAGUCAAGCCUGUGGUGAGAGCAGGUACCAGCCUGGCAAAGCCUUGGCAGAAGUAUACCGCUGUGUGUAUAAAGUUCGGAGUCGCUUGCUUGCCUGCAAGAACAUGGAACUUAUUCAGACCAGAUCAUCCUCAAGAGACAGAUGGAUGUUAGAUAACCAAGAAUCUGCUGAUGUUGAUACUCAAGAACAUCCUUUUACUCGUACAAUUGAUGAGGAAGCAGAAAUGGAGGAGCAGGCAGAACGUGACAGAGAAGAAGGACACCCAGAACAGGAAGAUGAAGAGGAGGAAAGAGAACAUGAAGUUAUGACAGCUGGUAAAAUAUUUCAAUGUUUCCUAUCAGCCCGUGAAGUAGCUCGGAGUCGGGAUCGAGAUAGAAUGAACACUGGGACAGGGACUAGGCUUGAUGAUCCACCUCCUCAGUCUCAGCAGGAACGGAGAAUCAGCACUGAUCUGACAGAAGGUCAAGAUGUGUAUACUGCUGCAUGCAACUCUGUGAUCCACAGAUGUGCCUUGUUAAUCUUAGGAGUGAGCCCUGUUAUUGAGGAGAUCCAGAAACGAAGGGAGGAUGGGCAGUUACAGCAGCCUCCCUCUACUGCUUCUGAGGGGAUUGGACUCAUGACAAGAAGUGAAAGUCUUACUGCUGAAAGUCGCUCAAUCCAUGCAAACUCAAGCUACAGACUGAUUAAAUCAAGAAGUGAAUCUGAUUUGUCUCAGCCAGAAUCAGAUGAGGAAGGUUAUUCACUGAGUGGAAGACGAAAUGUUGAUUUGGAUUUGGCAUCAUCACACAGAAAGAGGGGAGCGUUACAUAGUCAAGUGGAACCUUUAAGUGAUUCAUGGGUUCGACUAAAACACAGCAGAGACUGGUUAUACACAUCCUCCUGCUCCUUUGUCGAGUCCGAUUUUGAUCUCUCAAGAUCCCUUGGAGUACAUACUUUGAUUGAAAAUGUUGUCAGCUUUGUAAGUGGUGAUGUGGGAAACUCCCCAGGAUUUAAGGAACCAGAGGAAAGUAUGUCCACCAGUCCACAAGCAUCAAUAAUUGCAAUGGAGCAGCAGCAGUUGAGGGCUGAGCUUCGUCUGGAGGCACUUCAUCAAAUUUUAGUGCUUCUAUCAGGGAUGGAAGAAAAAGGCAGCAUGCCUUUAAUGGGAAGUCGUCAAGUACCAGGAUUUCAGUCUUCUUCAUUGCUUACUUCUGUUAGACUACAGUUCCUUGCUGGCUGCUUUGGUUUGGGCACUGUAGGACACGCAGGUGCCAAAGGAGAGAGUGUAAGAUUGCAUCACUACCAGGAUGGUAUCAGAGCAGCCAAAAGAAGUAUUCAAAUUGAAAUCCAGGUGGCUGUGCACAAAAUUUACCAGCAGUUAUCUGCCACAUUAGAAAGAGCUCUGCAAGCUAAUAAGCAUCACAUAGAAGCACAGCAGCGUCUUCUGUUGGUAACAGUCUUUGCUCUAAGCGUCCACUAUCAGCCUGUUGAUGUCUCCUUGGCCAUUUCCACUGGUCUGCUGAAUGUGCUAUCACAGUUGUGUGGCACAGACACCAUGCUAGGACAGCCACUGCAGCUGCUGCCCAAAACUGGUAUUUCUCAGCUCAGCACAGCUUUGAAAGUAGCCAGUACAAGACUGCUUCAGAUCCUUGCUAUCACCACAGGAACCUAUGCUGACAAACUGAGCCCAAAAGUGGUUCAGUCUUUGCUGGAUUUAUUAUGCAGUCAGCUGAAGAACUUGUUAUCACAAGCUGGUGUGAUGCUUAUGGCUUCCUUUGGAGAAAGCGAAGGUGAGGAAGAUGGAGAAUCAAAAAAGACAGAUUCCAGUGGAGAAAAUGAGAAGAGGGACUUCAGAGCUGCCCUCCGAAAGCAACAUGCAGCAGAACUGCAUUUGGGAGACUUUCUUGUUUUCCUGCGUAGAGUUGUGUCUUCAAAAGCAAUUCAGUCAAAAAUGGCAUCUCCAAAGUGGACAGAAGUACUUCUUAACAUUGCUUCUCAGAAGUGUUCCUCAGGAGUUCCAUUGGUUGGCAAUUUGAGGACUAGACUUCUUGCACUUCAUGUAUUAGAAGCUGUAUUACCUGCUUGUGAAUCUGGUGUUGAAGAUGAUCAAAUGGCUCAGGUUGUUGAAAGGUUGUUCUCACUUCUGUCUGACUGCAUGUGGGAGACUCCAAUAGCUCAAGCUAAACAUGCAAUUCAAAUAAAGGAGAAAGAACAAGAAAUAAAGCUACAGAAGCAAGGGGAGUCAGAAGAUGAAGAUGAGAAUCUUCCCAUACAAGAAGUGUCCUUUGACCCUGAGAAAGCUCAGUGCUGCAUAGUGGAAAAUGGGCAGGUUCUAACUCAUGGAAGUGGAGGUAAAGGAUAUGGUUUAGCAUCCACUGGAGUUACUUCUGGGUGUUAUCAGUGGAAGUUCUACAUUGUGAAGGAGAAUCGAGGCAAUGAAGGAACAUGUGUAGGAGUUUCUCGCUGGCCAGUACAUGAUUUUAACCAUCGCACUACCUCAGAUAUGUGGCUGUAUAGAGCCUAUAGUGGUAACCUUUAUCACAAUGGAGAACAAACUUUGACUCUGUCCAGCUUUACCCAAGGAGAUUUCAUCACAUGCGUAUUAGAUAUGGAAGCAAGAACUAUUUCCUUUGGUAAAAAUGGAGAGGAGCCAAAACUAGCUUUUGAAGAUGUGGAUGCAGCAGAGUUAUACCCUUGUGUUAUGUUCUACAGCAGUAAUCCAGGAGAAAAGGUGAAGAUCUGUGAUAUGCAGAUGCGUGGAACACCUAGAGAUUUGCUGCCUGGUGACCCCAUCUGUAGUCCUGUUGCUGCAGUGCUGGCAGAAGCCACUAUCCAACUCAUUCGUAUCCUUCAUCGCACAGACCGUUGGACACACUGCAUCAAUAAAAAAAUGAUGGAAAGACUGAAUAAAAUCAAAACAUGUCUUAAAGAAGCAGGCCAAAAGCUGAAGAAGAGUCGCUCAGUUCAAAGUCGAGAAGAGAAUGAGGUGAGAGAGGAGAAGGAAAAUAAAGAGGAGGAGAAAAGCAAACACAGUAGGCAUGGUCUGGCUGACCUUUCAGAACUGCAGCUGAAGAUGCUCUGUGUGGAAGUGUGGCCUGUUCUAGCAGUAAUCGGUGGAGUUGAUGCUGGUCUUAGAGUUGGAGGUCGAUGUGUACACAGGCAAACUGGACGUCAUGCCACCUUGCUUGGAGUAGUGAAGGAAGGCAGUACAUCUGCCAAGGUCCAGUGGGAUGAAGCAGAGAUUACUAUCAGCUUCCCAACUUUUUGGUCGCCUAGUGAUACUCCACUGUAUAAUCUGGAGCCCUGUGAACCGCUGCCUUUUGAUGUUGCAAGAUUUCGUGGGCUGACAGCUACGGUGUUGCUGGAUCUUACCUAUCUGACUGGUAUUCAUGAAGAUACAGGAAAGCAAAGCACAAAGAGGCAUGAGAAAAAACACAGGCAUGAAUCAGAAGAUAAAGGGGAAAUGGACCAGAAAACAGAUGGUGAUGCUGGAUCAGAUCCACGAUUAGGACAAAGUGCUGAUGACAACAAAGGAUAUAGUGCUACGAGCUCUAAGUCAGAAAAUGAAAUUGCUUCCUUUUCCUUAGAACCAUCAACACUAGGUAUGGAAUCCCAACACCAACCUGCUGAGGGAAGAAAAAAGAAUCAUGAACAUACUCCAAGAAAUCAUGAUAUAGUGCAGUCAGAAAUCAGAGCAGUGCAGCUAUCUUAUCUUUAUCUUGGUGCCAUGAAGUCACUUAGCGUUCUUCUUAGUUGUAGUAAAUAUGCUGAACUACUGUUAAUACCAAAAGUCCUGGCAGAAAAUGGUCACAACUCUGACUGCGCAAGUUCUCCAGUUGUUCAUGAGGAUGUUGAGAUGCGUGCUGCCCUGCAGUUCCUCAUGCGCCACAUGGUGAAACGGGCAGUCAUGCGCUCACCAAUAAAGAGAGCUCUAGGACUGGCAGAUCUAGAACGAGCACAAGCUAUGAUCUACAAGUUAGUGGUUCAUGGGCUGCUGGAGGAUCAGUUUGGUGGCAGACUCAAACAAGAAGUGGAUCAACAGGUAGAAGAAGGUGAUCAGUCUCAGCAAGCCCAAACACCAGUUACAACCAGCCCUUCUGCUUCCAGCACAACAUCUUUCAUGAGUAGCUCUCUGGAGGAUACUACCACUGCUACUACUCCAGUAACUGAUACUGAAACAGUUCCAGCUUCAGAAUCACCUGGUGUUAUGCCUCUCAGUCUUCUUAGGCAAAUGUUCUCCAGUUAUCCUACUACAACUGUACUUCCAGCACGACGUGCUCAGACUCCUCCAAUAUCAUCUUUACCAACAUCUCCUUCAGAUGAAGUUGGAAGGAGACAAAGUCUGACUUCUCCUGAUUCCCAGUCUGCGAGGCCUGCCAAUCGUACAGCCUUGUCUGAUCCAAGCAGCCGGCUUUCAACAUCCCCUCCUCCUCCUGCUAUUGCUGUUCCACUGUUAGAAAUGGGGUUUUCUCUCAGGCAAAUAGCAAAAGCCAUGGAAGCUACAGGUGCCAGAGGAGAAGCAGAUGCACAGAAUAUCACAGUGCUGGCUAUGUGGAUGAUAGAGCACCCUGGAAAUGAAGAUGAUGAAGAGCCCCAGUCAGAAGGGACUGCAGAUUCGCGACAUGGAACAAUAGUCUCUGGAAGCAGUGGAAAAUGUAGUGAUCAUUGCUACUUGCAGUCACCAGGUGAUAUCCCUUCUGCUGAUGCCACUGAAAUGGAGGAAGGCUUUAGUGAAAGCCCUGAUAUGGAUCAUGUGGAUAAUGCAGCUUCUGCAAGUGGACCUCCUCCUAGGAGUCGGUCAGCUGUAACAAGAAGACACAAAUUUGAUCUAGCUGCACGAACAUUGCUAGCACGGGCUGCGGGAUUAUACCGCUCGGUACAGGCCCACAGGAACCAGAGUCGAAGAGAAGGGAUAUCUUUGCAGCAAGAUCCAGGAGCACUUUAUGACUUCAACUUGGAUGAGGAGCUGGAAAUUGACCUUGACGAUGAAGCUAUGGAAGCUAUGUUUGGGCAAGACCUGGCUAGUGAUAAUGAUAUUCUGGGAAUGUGGAUCCCAGAGGUAUUGGAUUGGCCUACCUGGCAUGUUUGUGAAUCUGAAGACCGAGAAGAAGUAGUCGUUUGUGAGCUAUGUGAAUCCAGCGUGGUUGGCUUCAAUCAGCACAUGAAGAGAAACCACCCAGGCUGUGGUCGCAGCGCAAACCGCCAGGGCUAUCGCAGCAAUGGUUCUUAUGUGGAUGGGUGGUUUGGUGGUGAAUGUGGUAGUGGGAAUCCUUACUACUUACUGUGCGGCAUCUGCAGAGAGAAAUACUUAGCUCUGAAGAGUAAAUCCAAAACAUCAACUUCAGAAAGGUACAAAGGCCAGGCUCCUGAUUUAAUAGGUAAACAAGACAGUGUCUAUGAAGAAGACUGGGAUAUGUUAGAUGUAGAUGAGGAUGAAAAGCUAACAGGAGAAGAGGAGUUUGAAUUACUGGCAGGACCUCUUGGGUUAAAUGAUCGACGUAUUGUACCCGAACCUGUACAGUUCCCUGACAGUGACCCUCUGGGUGCUUCAGUUGCAAUGGUGACAGCCACCAACAGUAUGGAAGAAACAUUGAUGCAAAUAGGUUGUCAUGGCUCUAUAGAAAAAAGUUCUUCUGGCAGGAUAACCUUAGGAGAACAAGCAGCUGCCCUCGUAAAUCCACAUGACCGUGUUAUGGCUCUGAGAAGAGUGACAGCUGCUGCCCAAGUCCUCCUUGCAAGAACUAUGGUUAUGCGAGCUCUCUCACUAUUGUCUGUCAGUGGUUCCAGCUGUAGCCUGGCAGCUGGUCUCGAGUCCUUGGGAUUAACAGAUAUCAGGACACUGGUUCGUUUGAUGUGCCUGGCUGCAGCAGGCAGAGCAGGCCUCUCCACGAGUCCAGCCACUGCGGCCACUUCAGCAGAGCGAUCCAGGGGAAUACACAGCAAAACAAGCAAGCCUAUAUCUUGUCUUGCCUAUCUGAGUACAGCAGUAGGCUGUUUGGCAUCAAACACUCCUAGUGCUGCAAAACUGCUGGUACAGUUAUGUACACAGAAUUUGAUUUCUGCAGCCACUGGUGUAAACUUGACAACAGUCGAUGAUCCAAUUCAGAGAAAAUUUUUGCCAAGUUUUUUAAGAGGAAUUGCAGAAGAGAACAAGCUGGUCACAUCACCGAAUUUUGUGGUUACUCAGGCACUUGUAGCAUUGUUGGCAGACAAAGGGGCCAAACUGAGGCCAAACUAUGAUAAAGCAGAAAUUGAAAAGAAAGGCCCUCUGGAGCUGGCUAAUGCACUAGCAGCUUGCUGCCUCUCUUCAAGGUUAUCUUCACAACAUAGGCAGUGGGCUGCACAGCAGCUGGUGAGAACUCUUGCAGCACAUGAUCGAGAUAAUCAAACUAUUCCCCAAACCCUUGCUGAUAUGGGGGGAGACUUACGAAAAUGUUCCUUCAUAAAAUUAGAGGCUCAUCAGAACAGGGUCAUGACAUGUGUUUGGUGCAAUAAAAAGGGACUUUUGGCAACUAGUGGAAAUGAUGGCACCAUAAGAGUAUGGAAUGUUACAAAGAAGCAGUACUCAUUGCAGCAGACAUGUGUGCUCAACAAGCUAGAAGGUGAUUCAGAAGAAAGUCUGGGGUCACCCAGUGACCUUAGUUUAUCUCUUGUCUGUUGGAGCAUCAGUGGCAAGUAUCUGGCUGGAGCUACGGAAAAGAUGGUGAACAUCUGGCAAGUCAAUGGAGGAAAAGGAUUACUAGAUCUUCAGCCUCACUGGGUAUCUGCUCUAGCUUGGCCAGAAGAAGGGCCAGCUGCAACGUGGACAGGUGAUGCGCCAGAACUGUUAUUAAUUGGUCGUAUGGAUGGAUCUCUUGGUCUUAUUGAAGUUGUAGAUAUUUCAGCCAUGCACCGGCUAGAACUGGAACACUGCUACAGAAAGGAUGUGUCUGUCACAUGCCUUGCCUGGUUCAGUGAAGACAGACCAUUUGCAGUUGGCUAUUCAGAUGGAAAACUGCUAAUAGGAACAAAGGAGCCACUUGAAAAAGGAGGAAUCGUUUUAGUCGACGCACAUAAGGAUAUGAUUGUUAGUAUGAAGUGGGAUCCAACUGGUAAGAUUCUUCUGACAUGUGCCAAAGAAGAAACAGUGAAACUCUGGGGAUAUAUGGGAGGAUGCUGGAGACGCCUGCAUUCACUGUCCCAUCCAGCCCUUGUGAAUGGCAUUGCCUGGUGUGCUCUUCCGGGGAAAGGACCCAAGUUGCAGCUUUUACUAGCUACAGGAUGCCACAAUGGUUUGGUGUGUGUCUGGACUGUUCCCCAGGACAUUGUAAUCACACUGCAGUCCAGCUCAACUUGCUCAGAAGGAUGGUGGGACCAAGAAACAAGUGCCAAGGACGGCUACAUGAAAGCAUUAGAAGUCAAGUGUGUAUUUCAACUGAGAGGACAUAUUACUCCUGUUCGAACUGUUGCAUUCAGUCCUGAUGGAGUGGCAUUGGUCUCUGGUGGACUUGGUGGGCUCAUGAAUAUUUGGUCUUUACGGGAUGGUUCAGUAUUACAGAGUGUUGUGAUAGGUUCUGGAGCUAUUCAGACUGCAGUAUGGAUACCUGAAGUUGGAGUAGCUGCUUGCUCUAACAGAUCAAAGGAUGUGUUGGUAGUGAACUGUACAUCAGAGUGGAUAUCUUCCAAUCACGUCCUUGCAACAUGUAGGACUGCACUGAAACAGCAAGGAGUUCUAGGAUUAAAUAUGGCUCCUUGCAUGCGAGCUUUCCUGGAACGUUUGCCAAUAAUGCUUCAGGAGCAGUAUGCUUACGAAAAGCCCCAUGUGGUUUGUGGAGACCAGCUUGUUCAUAGUCCUUACAUGCAGUGCUUGGCAUCACUUGCUGUGGGCCUUCACCUGGAUCAGCUCUUGUGCAACCCCCCAGUACCACCUCAUCACCAGAGCUGCCUCCCUGAUCCUGCAGCCUGGAACCCCACAGAAUGGGCCUGGUUGGAGUGUUUCUCUACUACCAUCAAAGCUGCUGAAGCCCUUGCCAAGGGAGCACAGUUCCCAGAAUCCUUUACUGUUCCGGACCUGGAACCUGUUCCAGAGGAUGAGCUUACUCUCCUAAUGGAUAACAGUAAAUGGAUCAAUGGUAUGGAUGAACAGAUAAUGUCUUGGGCAACAUCAAGGCCAGAGGAUUGGCAUCUGGGAGGUAAAUGUGAUGUGUAUCUCUGGGGAGCAGGAAGACAUGGACAGUUAGCAGAAGCUGGUAGAAAUGUCAUGAUUCCAGUAGCAGCACCUUCAUUCUCUCAGGCUCAGCAGGUUGUUUGUGGUCAGAAUUGUACUUUUGUCAUUCAAGCUAAUGGCACAGUGUUGGCUUGUGGAGAAGGGAGCUAUGGGCGUCUGGGACAAGGAAAUUCUGAUGAUCUUCAUGUGUUAACAGUCAUUUCAGCACUGCAAGGCUUUGUUGUAACACAGCUGGUGACCUCCUGUGGAUCUGAUGGCCAUUCCAUGGCUUUAACAGAAAGUGGGGAGGUCUUUAGCUGGGGUGAUGGAGAUUAUGGCAAACUGGGACAUGGGAACAGUGACAGACAGCGCAGGCCUAGACAGAUUGAGGCUCUGCAAGGAGAAGAAGUGGUGCAGAUGUCAUGUGGCUUCAAACACUCAGCUGUGGUGACAGCAGAUGGCAAACUUUUUACAUUUGGAAAUGGUGAUUAUGGUCGAUUAGGACUUGGAAAUACUUCCAACAAGAAACUUCCAGAAAGAGUGACGGCGCUGGAAGGUUACCAGAUUGGACAGGUGGCCUGUGGACUCAAUCAUACUGUAGCUGUGUCAACAGAUGGCUCAAUGGUUUGGGCUUUUGGAGAUGGAGAUUAUGGUAAACUUGGUUUGGGGAAUUCCACUGCCAAGUCCUCGCCACAGAAAGUGGAUAUUCUGUGUGGAAUUGGAAUUAAAAAAGUUGCCUGUGGAACCCAGUUCUCUGUUGCACUGACAAAAGAUGGGCAUGUAUAUACUUUUGGACAAGAUCGCCUGAUAGGUUUGCCAGAAGGUCGCGCUCGAAAUCACAACAGACCCCAACAAGUUCCUGUACUGUCAGGAAUCUUCAUUGAAGACAUAGCUGUAGGAGCAGAGCAUACCCUAGCCCUGUCAUCUACAGGGGAUGUGUAUGCUUGGGGUAGCAACUCUGAAGGACAGCUUGGACUGGGCCAUACCAACCACGUCAGAGAACCAACCCUCGUAACAGUCCUGCAAGGGAAGAACGUUCGACAGAUUUCAGCAGGACGUUGCCACAGUGCUGCCUGGACAGCUCCACCAGUUCCACCAAGAGCUCCAGGCGUUUCAGUGCCUUUACAGCUUGGUUUACCUGAUGCCAUUCCACCACAGUAUGGGGCACUGAAAGAAGUGAGCAUUCAUACAGUAAGAGCAAGGCUCAGACUGCUGUACCAUUUUUCUGACCUCAUGUACUCUUCUUGGAGAUUACUUAACCUCAGUCCCAAUAACCAGAACAGUACAUCUCAUUACAAUGCUGGAACGUGGGGAAUAGUUCAAGGACAGCUAAGGCCCUUGCUGGCACCACGCGUUUACACGCUCCCCAUGGUGCGCUCCAUAGGAAAAACUAUGGUUCAGGGCAAAAACUAUGGGCCACAGAUUACUGUGAAAAGGAUAUCAACCAGAGGUCGGAAAUGCAAGCCCAUUUUUGUACAGAUAGCAAGGCAAGUGGUAAAGCUGAACGCAUCAGACCUUCGCCUACCGUCCCGUGCCUGGAAAGUGAAACUGGUUGGAGAAGGAGCUGAUGAUGCAGGUGGAGUGUUUGAUGACACUAUUACAGAAAUGUGUCAGGAACUGGAAACUGGAAUAGUAGACCUGCUUAUUCCUUCCCCAAAUGCUACAGCUGAAGUAGGCUACAAUAGAGAUAGAUUUCUCUUUAACCCUUCAGCAUGUUUAGAUGAACAUCUAAUGCAGUUUAAGUUCUUGGGCAUUCUCAUGGGUGUAGCUAUUCGUACAAAAAAGCCAUUAGAUCUUCAUUUGGCUCCAAUGGUCUGGAAGCAACUUUGUUGUAUCCCACUCAUCUUGGAGGAUUUGGAGGAGGUAGAUCUGCUCUAUGUGCAGACCCUCAACAGCAUUCUUCACAUUGAAGACAGUGGGAUUACUGAAGAAAAUUUCCAUGAGAUGAUUCCUUUAGAUUCUUUUGUUGGCCAAAGUGCUGAUGGUAAAAUGGUUCCCAUAAUCCCUGGAGGGAACAGUAUCCCACUUACCUUUUCAAACAGGAAAGAAUAUGUGGAGAGGGCAAUUGAGUACAGACUCCAUGAAAUGGACCGUCAGGUGGCUGCUGUAAGAGAAGGAAUGUCUUGGAUUGUUCCAGUUCCUUUGUUGUCUCUUCUGACCGCCAAGCAGUUGGAGCAAAUGGUCUGUGGAAUGCCAGAAAUAUCAGUUGAAGUUCUGAAAAAAGUUGUGCGCUACCGAGAAGUCGAUGAGCAGCAUCAGCUAGUUCAGUGGUUCUGGCACACUCUUGAAGAGUUUUCAAAUGAGGAGAGAGUCCUUUUCAUGAGGUUUGUGUCAGGAAGAUCUCGAUUGCCAGCCAACACAGCUGAUAUAUCUCAGCGAUUCCAAAUAAUGAAGGUUGAUAGGCCUUACGACAGCUUGCCUACCUCACAGACUUGUUUCUUUCAACUGAGGCUCCCACCUUACUCCAGUCAACUAAUCAUGGCAGAGCGUUUGCGCUAUGCAAUCAAUAAUUGCAGGUCUAUAGAUAUGGACAAUUAUAUGCUCUCACGGAAUGUGGACAAUGCAGAGGGCUCAGACACAGAUUAUUGACAUUCUGUGAACAAAAUCAUCUUCCUUUUACUACAGAUAGUGCCCUAAGUCCAAUUCAUUGUUGACAUAAUUUUACAGUAACCAUAGAUGUUUUAGGAGCAUAAAACCAGAUGUUAAUAGACAGUGGCCACAUUUUAGUUACUCUAAAUGUAACAAAAAUUUAGAUGUUUUUAUUUUUUUGUGAUUGUAAAAAAGGAAAAAAGGAAAAAGAAAACAAAAAAAGGAUGAUGGGUAAGUUUUUUCUUCCUCCUUUUUUGGUCACUUUUGAUAAGUUUGCAUGGAGACAUUUUGGUGCAUUUUUGUUGGGAAUAGUAUAUUUGUAAGCCCUCCCAGUGAACAUGAAGAGUUGUACAUUGUGUAUAAUUGUUCAUUAGCAAGGACAGUUUUACAUGAAUAUUCACAUAUUUAUUUUGUUUUAAUUUGAAUUGCCUGUGCAGGGUUCCUUAUGCAGAAAAAAAUAAAGCAAAUUGA